AUGAUGUCUAUGGGUUUCAUGCCUGACAGCCGGAAUGCCUCAGAUCCCUCCAAAUCGGCCUUCCUGGAAUUGGGCCACGGACACCCGGCACACCAGCAGAUCUCCCACGGACUCUCUCACAUUUACCCCGUCCAUGGCUUGCAUGCUGCCGGGCAUUCCCAGCGAGAAGGUCCCUUCCCCGGCAGCCCGUCCUAUCUGGGCUACGCCUCUUACCCCACCGCGGUGAACACGCACCCCCCGUCUGCUUACAUGUCCUACCAGCACAGCAAUCACAGCCACAGCAGCAGUCUGGCCCACAGCAGAUUAGAGCACACAGAUCACGAGAAGUCCCCGGCCAUUGAGAGCAGGGACAUUCGUCUAAAUGGCAAGGGGAAGAAGAUCCGGAAGCCUCGGACCAUCUACUCCAGUCUGCAGCUGCAGGCUCUGCACCAGCGCUUCCAGCAGACCCAGUACCUGGCCCUACCGGAGCGGGCCGACCUGGCGGCUAAACUGGGACUCACCCAGACUCAGGUGAAAAUAUGGUUUCAGAAUAAGCGAUCCAAGUACAAAAAGAUCCUGAAGCAUGGCAGUGGAUCAGAGGGAGAACAUCUCCACAGCACUAGCUCCAUCUCCCCCUGCUCACCCGGGAUGCCCCAGCUGUGGGAGGUCUCCAUGGCGAACAAAGGAGCCCAAAUGCACCCAAACAAUUACAUGAGCAGCUUUGGCCACUGGUAUCCAAACCACCACCAUCCCAAUCACCAGGACGCUGCCAGGCCUCAGAUGAUGUGA